CUGUUCAGCGUGCUAGCUACUGGGAAUUUCCAUCCACAGUCCUGCUAAAAUGGGGAAGAUAAUCUUCUACGAAGACAGAAACUUCCAAGGCCGCUGCUAUGAGUGCAGCGGCGACUGCGCCGACCUUCAUUCCUAUUUCAGUCGCUGCAACUCCAUCCGUGUCGAUAGUGGCUGCUGGAUGCUGUAUGAGCGUCCCAAUUACCUGGGUCAUCAGUAUUUCUUAAAGAAGGGAGAAUAUCCCGACUACCAGCAAUGGCUCGGAUUCAGCGACUCCAUCAGGUCUUGCCGCUCUCUUCCCCAGCAAAGAGGACCACACAAACUGAAGAUCUACGAGAAGGAAGAAUUUAGAGGACAGAUGCUGGAGGUUUCUGAAGAUUGCCCCUCUGUGUUUGAGCUCUUCAAAUACCAUGACAUCAACUCCUGCAAUGUUGUUGAGGGCCACUGGAUCUUCUAUGAGCAACCAAACUUCAGGGGAAGGCAAUAUUUCCUGAAGCCUGGGGAAUACAGACGCUUCAGUGAUUGGGGUUCCCUCAAUGCAAGAGUGAGCUCCUUCCGAAGAGUUCUUGAUGCCUGCUAACUUCAUUACUAAAAGAUUUUAUCCUCUUCAUGAGAUAAUAAACAACUGAAGCAAAUAA